GCAACAGCUGCUAGAAUUGCCACAUGGCAAAGGUUUGUUAAUUAAAACCAACAUGGGAUGGUGAGACUGAGCUCCCGUUGCCUGAGCAACGGAAGAAAGCCGAGACCCAAGAGCGGGGACUACCCCGGGAAAAGUGACGUCACUACGCGGCACAACUCUCCAUGGAGCAUCGAGCAAGGUGAGAACUUUAUACACAAAAGCCCUAAAGACUGACGGACAGGUAGACAUGGUGUCAUUUAGAAAGGACGAUUCAGUUUGCGAUACAUUUUGUAAAAGAAGACUCACGCCGCCUCGGCAGACUGCUCGGCACAGAAAGCAGAGACUUAUGUCCAAACUGUGUGACUCUGGAUUCGAGGACGAUCUGGUUUCCUCUCCCAUUCCGCCCCGUUGUCGGACGAAUGCAUCCCAACUGGAGUCAGAAGAAUCAGAGUCCGCUGAUGGACAGCUGUCCCACUGGUACCUUCAGUACGGAGACGUCGGUUUCAGGAUCCAGAGGGAGAAAGAGUCGCAGUUUCAUCCCUGCCAAAGCCUGGCACGUCAACCACAACUGACUGCAGAUGCACGCUGUAAGCUGGUGAGCUGGCUCAUCCCCGUCCAUAAACACUUCCGUCUGUCCUUUGAGUGCUGCUGCCUGACAGUGAACAUCAUGGACAGGUUCCUGGCGUCCACUCCAGUGGCCACAGACUGCUUCCAGCUCCUGGGUGUCACUGCACUCCUCUUAGCCAGUAAACAGGUGGAGGUGCACUCUCCAUCGGUCAGCUAUCUCUUGUCUCUGUGCUGUGAUGCUUUCACCAAGGAGCAGUUCUGCAACCUGGAGUGCCUCGUCCUGCUCCGCCUUAACUUUCGCCUCGCCUCGCCCACCCUGGCCUUCUUCCUGGAUUACUUCAGCAGUCUCGUCGAGGCUGCCCAGUUUGUGAUUAAGAACAACAGCGGUGAUGGGUUUUCAGGAGUGAGUUCAGAGAUAGCAAAGAUCAGAAAGUGCAGUGAGCUUGCACAAAAAGUAUGUGAGUUGACUCUAGCAGACUAUGCUUUCAAUAAAUACCCACCGUCUCUGAUUGCUUGCUGUGCCCUGAGACUUGCAUGCGAAUUACUGAGACCCGAACGCUGCGUUGCAGAGCAGGCAGACGUAGAGUUGGUGGAAAACCCAUGGGAAUGUUUCAGAGGAGAUCUAUGUAUGCAGCCGGUUUGUAUCCAGUCAUGUGAAAGCUCUGCCUUUAGUCCUGGGCAGUGUUUGACAGGGGAGGUGACUCCUGAUCAGGACUGCAGUCUGGUGCAGGAAUGCAAAGACAACCUAAAGAUGUUGGUGUCACUAAAUCAGGAGACUCUAAAAGUGAGGCCAUUAAUGUAGAACAUCACCUUAGAAAGUUAAAAAAGCUGGUUUCUAAUCGUUUUUUCUUAGUCUAUGAUGUGUUUGGGAAGCAAUGCAUGAUAAUGAUUUAUUUUCGUAGAUGUGAGCUGCUUACAGCCCUCAUGAACAGUCAUAUGUUUGCAACCACUAAAGGUUUACUUGGUAUUAUAUUUGAUUUAUUUGUGUUUCUACUCACACAUUUCUGUAAUCUGUUUACUGAAGGAUUUUUGAACCAUUGUAUCUUAUUUAUUAAUUGUUUUAAGUAAUAAAGUGUAUGAAAAAAAAAUUGCUGGCUUUUACUUUGGUAGUGCGAUGCAGCAAUCCAGAGCUCAGGUUGUGCAAACUGACCACAGAAUAACUGAUGUAAUAAAG